ACAUUAAUCCUAAAUAGGAAAGAGUAAUUGUGAUAAAGUAAGCAAGUAGAGAGAGAUGAAAAUAUGAAAUGGCAGGUGAAGAGUGCAGUUCCAAUUCCAAUUCCAUCAGAGCUUCAAGAUGGUCCCUCGCCGAAAUGACGGCUCUCGUCACCGGUGGAACUCGUGGGAUUGGGCGUGCCAUAGUGGAAGAUUUAUGUGGGUUUGGUGCCACUGUCCACACUUGUUCCAGAAACCAAACUGAGCUCAAUAACUGUUUCGAUCAAUGGCGUAGUAAAGGCUUUUUGGUUUCUGUUUGUGAUGUCUCUUCUCCACCACAAAGAGAGAAGCUCAUUCAAGAAGUUACAUCAAUCUUUAAUGGCAAACUUCACAUUUAUGUGAACAAUGUUGGAGUGAACAUUAGAAAACCAACCAUUGAGUAUACUGCUGAAGUAUAUUCAGAAAUUAUGUCAACUAAUUUAGAUUCUGCAUAUCAUCUGUGCCAACUUACACACCCUCUUCUAAAGGCAUCUGGAAUGGGAAACAUUGUGUUCAUUUCGUCGAUCGCCGGUGUGGUGAGCUUAGGUACUGGAUCAGUCUACGCAGCAAGUAAAGCUGCAAUCAACCAGCUUACAAAAAAUUUGGCUUGUGAAUGGGCUAAAGAUGGCAUAAGGAGCAAUUGUGUUGUUCCUGCUACUACCAAUACACCACUUGUAGAACAUCUGCUUCGCAACAAGCAAUAUAUAGAUGAAAUGUUGGCUCGAACUCCUCUCGGCCGCAUCGCAGAAGCUCAUGAAGUUUCAUCCUUGGUGGCUUUCCUUUGUCUGCCUGCUGCGUCUUACAUCACAGGCCAGGUUAUUUGUGUUGAUGGAGGAUUAACAGUGAAUGGAUUUCAGCCCAGCAUGAGAAUAACAUAAUUUUUGUGUACUUCUUGGUUCAUUGUUAAUUUAAUCAUCUUUGGAACAUAGAAACAUUAUUCUUCCAUUUGAUAUUUCAUUCAAUUUCAUCCUUGGUGAUUUUGCUUUUUUGCCUUAUGCCUUAGAACAUGGGGAAAAUGGGAAAUUAUUCUAACUGUGAAUAGAUUUCAACCCAACACAUGAAUAAUACAUUAACGUACUUUUCAGUUUAUUUU